CUCGUAACGCUGAACUACCGGUGUAUUCUUAGAUAACUGAACUAAUCAGGCCUAUUGAAUAAUGACGUAGGGAUGCAUGGUCAGUAUCUGUGUUGAGAACACGGUGACAUGUUGAACUUUGCAUUAAGUUUAUCUGAAGAUAUAUUUAUAAACAGUCCGGAGGACAAAGUUCAGAGCUCAGACCGGUACCGGCCUGAACUUCCGUAUUUUCUCUGCGAGUUCACUUUAGGUGAUCCUGACGCAGGUCGGUUAACGGUGAGCAUCCUCGGCUGUCUGUGGUCUUUAACAUGGCCCACAAACAGAGUGAAUCCGAGCCUCGGUUCUACGGUUACAUCCGAGCGGGCGCUGCAGCGCUGACCCACAUUAUCUGUGCUGUCUUCACUGUGACCGUCGCGGUUCUGUCUCGACCUGGUUCAAGUUUGUUUUCCUGGCAUCCCUUCUUCAUGACACUGGCGUUCUCAUUCUUCAUGACAGAAGCCAUCCUCCUUUUCUCCCCCCACGGCUCGCCCAUCAAGAGGCUUCCACACAAGACAAAAGGCCGGGUUCACUGGGUCCUGCAGUGCCUCUGUGUGUCUUGUGCCCUCCUGGGUGUGGCGGCCAUCUCUUACAACAAACACCUGAACGGUAAACCCCACUUCACCUCAUGGCACGGUCUGCUGGGCCUGCUCACGGUGUGUGUGGUGGCGUUGCAGUCAUUGGCAGCCGUGCCUCUUAUCUACCACUCUCUGGCCAAAGGCUGGUCCCUGGCCAAACUCAAACGCUACCACGCAGCGUCCGGACUGGUCACGUACCUGCUCGGCAGCGCCAGCCUGCUGCUCGGCCUCGGCUCGGCCUGGUUCACUGCGUCUGUCAGGGAAUACGCCUGGUACCUGUCAGCGCUCUGCCCUGCUCUCCCUGCCCUCAUCAUAAUGAACCAAGUCACCAGCGCGUACAUGGCUAAGAGACGGCUGCAGUCCUGACAGAAGACACAGUACUGACACUUUAACGAAACACCCACUGAACACUUGAGUUUGGAUUGUGAGAAUUAUAUUUCAGUUUAAGUUGUAUAAAAGUGGAGAAGGAACUGAUUUCUGCAGCUGCAAGACUUUUUGAAGGUCUUAUUAUUUCAUGAAGCACCGGUGGCAAAUAAUAGAUAGUGAAAUGCUUUUCUUAACUUGUUUUUUGUACUCAUAUACACAGGACUGUAGCUAUCAUUGAGGACAGAGGUCAUAUCUCCUUCAUUUUUAACUAGCAAUUUGGAGACAAUCCCCCUUCUUGUAGGGCUUUUUGUUGUUGUAGUUGGUUCUGAUAUUUCUGUAGCCUCGCUAACUUCAGUUUAUGACCAAAUGAAUCCUGAUUUUUAGGUGAACUUAUCCUUUAAAUAUAACAAAGAAGUAUACAGAAAUAUCUUCUCACUGAUGGUUUCAUUUGUUUAUGUGGGUCAUCUAAAAAGGUUUUUGGAUACAUGACCGCAUUGUUCUGUGUCCCAGAAUAUAUUAACUUAUGUUGAAUUUUGUAUCUCAGGUUGCUUAAUAUCCUGCCUUUUGAUAAUUUAUGCUGUAUUUGACUACUUGUCACAUGUUUGAAUAAACUAAAUACAAAUGGAAAUCAUAGUGAGGAUAUGUUGUAAAUUAAAAGGAUAUGUGAAAGAUUCA